GUUUAGGAUAGCCGUUAAAGGCGAGUCCAGUUGCUUCCUUCUCAGUGUGAUCAUAGAGAUUGUCUGUUCGCUAAGGCUUAGUUGUCUUACGGAUUUUGUCGUGAACUAGCUGCUGCAUCUACAUCCAAAUGGCUGAUCAGCUUACAGAAGAGCAGAUUGCCGAGUUCAAGGAGGCAUUUUCGCUCUUUGAUAAGGAUGGAGAUGGCACAAUCACCACCAAAGAGCUGGGCACAGUUAUGCGCUCUCUGGGCCAGAACCCUACAGAGGCUGAGCUGCAGGACAUGAUCAAUGAAGUGGACGCUGAUGGAAAUGGAACGAUAGACUUCCCAGAGUUCCUGACUAUGAUGGCCAGGAAGAUGAAAGACACAGACAGUGAGGAAGAGAUCAGAGAAGCAUUCCGUGUCUUUGACAAGGAUGGCAAUGGAUACAUCAGUGCUGCUGAGUUGCGCCAUGUGAUGACAAACCUUGGGGAGAAGUUGACUGAUGAAGAAGUGGAUGAGAUGAUCAGAGAAGCAGACAUUGAUGGAGAUGGACAGGUCAACUACGAAGGUUGGUGGUGUUAUGUAUUUAUAUUUUUCUUUAUGUGCUGGGGUCACUCAUUGGAUACUGAGUUGCAC